UGGAGAGGGGGCUUAUUGGAGUGCCAGCAUCCUAAACAGCACAGCAGGCUGCUCCAAAGCAGGCAGUCUCUAUCGUGCCAUCCUUCCUUGGACUCCUCUUUGUCCUCCCUGGGAACUUCUCCCCUGGGGCCAUCUCUGACACACUCCAGCUCUCAGCCUCACUCAUUCUCGUCCAGCCCAUUCAACCCCACUUGCCACAGAACAGUUGCAAAACUCUGGUGUUCACCUGAGGGCAGCAGUCACCAGAAACCAUGAAAUGUGAAGGCAAGCAGAGAGAAGUGUCUGGGUCCCACUGCCAGGCCCUGACUGCCCUCUGCCCCGGUGGGGGGAGGGAGAGAGCAUGGAGGUGUCCUGCUUAUGGAGCUAUUUACAAGAAUUAUUCUGAGCAAAGCCUGCCUGCGUGGGGCUGCCCAAAGAGCUCCUGCCAAGAUCUGCAGGUCUAACCCAGUCCACCUAAUUUCCUUUGUCACAGUGGCCAAGCUGCAGAAGGACCAAGACCCAGAGAGGUGAUGUCCUUGGAGACCCAAGUGGUCCUUGGUGGUCUCUGCAGACAGAUGCUGCAGCUGUUUGUGUGCCCAGCUGCAGCACUAGAUCCAUUCCUCAAUAACACCUCUCUUUCUUUCCGACCCCCCUCCCCUCCCAGGUUGUUCUCCUCAACUUCCCUGCGGCCCCUCUUCCUGAUCAGCAUGUCCCUGCUUGGCUUUCUCUUGCUGGAGCGGUGGAAGCCCCGGUUCCUGUUUGACUUCUCUGCCCAGCCCUUGGAGGAGCCAGGAGGGGACAGUGAGGGGGCGACAGGGGCCCAGCCCCACCUGCUCAGCAUCCCGGAGCUGUGCCACUAUCUGGCUGAGAGCUGGGUCACCUUCAGGCUGUACCUGCAGGAGCUGCUGCAGUACAAGAGGCAGAAUCCGGCCAAGUUCUGUGCAAGCGUCUGUUCGGGCUGCCUCACCCUGGCUGUGGUCGGGCACUAUGUUCCAGGCAUCAUGAUCUCCUACAUCAUCUUGCUCAGCAUCCUGCUGUGGCCACUGGUGGUUUACCAUGAGCUGAUCCAGAGGAUGUACACACGCCUGGAGCCUGUCCUCAUGAAGCUGGACUACAGCAUGAAGGCCGAGACGCUGCAUCUCAAGCACGAGAAAAAAAGGCGGCAGGGCAAGAGCGAGCCGGUGGCUGGCGACGACCCGAUGGCAGAAACGGAGAGUGAGAGCGAGGCAGAGCUGUCUGGCUUCUCCCCGCUGGUGGAUGUGAAGAAGACGGCGCUGGCCCUAGCUAUCACAGACUCGGAGCUGUCUGACGAGGAGGCUUCCAUCCUGGAGAGCGGGGGCUUCUCCGUGUCCCGAGCCACCACCCCACAGCUGACUGACGUGUCUGAAGACCUGGACCAGCAGAGCCUGCACAGCGAGCCGGAGGAAGCCUUCUCCAAGGACCUGGCGGAGUUCCCCUCAGUGGAAGAGUACCAUUCCAGAGACCUGGGUCCGGCGGGUGACGAGGAGGCCUUUGGGGUGCCCCUGGGCCCUGAGCUGGCCCAUGCCGCCCGUGAGCUGGACUCGGCCGAGAAGGAGGCAGCAGAUGCUGACCUGGCACUCCUGCGCCUGGCGUCCCCGCUCCACUUUGUAAAUACGCACUUCAACGGGACCGGGCAGGCGGCGCCUAGCAGUGCGGAGGCCCCUCCCACCUCGGGCCCCGGCCUUGGCCUCCACCUCGACACACUGAGCCAGGAGAUCGUCACUACGGCCAUCAGCACAGUGGUACAGAACACCCUGUCAGCCCUGCUGCGCUCCUCGGAGGCCAGUGAGGGGCCCUCCCUCUCUGAGUUCCUUCCUGCCGAGCCGGAGGAGAGACUGAGUUUCCAGGCACAGCUGGGCGAGGGUGAGGCAGCAGGGGCCAGCCCGGCAGCGUCACCCCAGGAUGAGGACGAGGAGGCAGACGACUUUGAGUUGCUGGAUCAGAGGGAGCUGGAGCAGAUGGAUGUGGAGCUGGGCCUUGGAGCGGGGGAGGGAGUCCCAGAACCUCCUGCCCCGGCUGAGCUGCCGAAGCAGGAGGAAGAGGGGGUGGCGGCAGCUGGGUCCUAGGCCUGCUCCCCCACGGCCGGACAGGAGGACAGAUGGGGCCGUGAGGCGGGUGUUGGUGUCCGUGUUGCCCGGGACGGCCGAGCGUCAGUGUUACUGUGCUGUGUCUGGACUGCCCGCCCCCGCAUCCUCCCGGGCCCAAGCUUGGGCUCCUGCCCAGCCCCUCACCCCGCUGGCACGGAGCCGGCCGGGGCCCCUUGCCACGCCGCCUGCACGCUUCCUCGUCCUGGUGCAGUAUUUGGGUCGUCGUCCGUUCGUCGUUGUUUGCACGUGUCCCCGGCUAGGUGUAGUUGCCGCUCGCUCCCACGGGCCCUGAUGGGCAGACGUGGAGGGUUUUAAUGGCUCAAACUGUGUACAGAAUUUUAA